CCAUGCUGCCUGAGAUAUUUAAAACCUCGCGAGUACUGGCUCCUUAUAAAAGGAAGAAGCGCGGUGCAGAGAGUAUUGGCUGCAAGAUUAAAGCGUGGGGUUAAUUUACCAUUCAAGAUGUCAGCUGGAAAUGCUAAAAUUGGUCAGACCGCACCUGAUUUCACAGCCAAAGCUGUGAUGCCCAGUGGAGAGUUUGAGGACCUCACUUUGUCCAAAUACAAAGGAAAGUAUGUUGUAUUGUUCUUCUACCCCCUGGAUUUCACCUUUGUGUGUCCAACGGAGAUCAUUGCAUUCAGUGACCGAGCUGCUGAAUUUCGCAAGAUCAACUGUGAAGUAAUUGGUGCUUCCACAGACUCUCACUUUAGCCACUUGGCCUGGACCAAGACUCCUCGUAAACAAGGUGGCAUUGGCCACAUGGACAUUCCACUGGUUGCUGACCUAACUCAGUCCAUUGCCAAAGACUAUGGCAUUCUGAAGGAGGAUGAGGGGAUUGCUUACAGAGGGCUCUUUAUUAUUGAUGAGAAAGGAAUCCUGCGCCAGAUUACAAUCAAUGACCUUCCAGUUGGCCGUUCAGUGGAUGAAACCUUGAGGCUUGUUCAGGCUUUCCAGUUCACAGACAAGCACGGAGAAGUUUGCCCUGCUGGUUGGAAGCCUGGCAAGGACACCAUCAAACCUAAUGUUAAUGAAAGCAAGAAGUUCUUUGAGAAACAAUCCUAAACAUUUCUGCUUCAUCCAUGCACUGAAUAUUAAAUGAAGAAAAUGUGUAUUUUUGUUAAGCAGGCACUCAAAGACCUAGUGUAGAUUGCUGUACAUUAGGAUGUUACUUGUCAUUUUUUUAAGCACCUGAGUAACAAGGUCCAACUGUGCUCCUGUGAAUGUUUUUGUUUUUUUAACUGUGCCAGAAUAAAACUUGAACAAAA